UCCUCUCCAGAUGGAUAAGAGCGUCAUCAAAUUCAACCACUGUGACAAGGACAUCUACUGUUUCUUCGUCCCGGAUCAGUGUCCUGAAUGUGGCGUUAGCUUCAGUGGGAAGCGGCUGGAGGAAGCGCCGGUCAGCAUACCGAACCCCGUCAGCAACGGACACCAAGCCCCGUGCGCUUUUCUAGUGGCGUCCACAGAGGACAGUGCGCUCAGGGACUUUGAUGGCUGCUCUGAUCUACACACGGGAAUCAGCAACACAAAUGGAAUAGUCUACAAUUACACGAAGACGGGUGUUCAGAGAGAGCAUCAGGGCUGGGAGCACUGCAUCUGCAUCCCGCUGGUUCAGCCCGACAUGUUCAGUCUGAUGAGCCAGUGGGAUCAGUAUCUGGAGAAGUUCUCCUCCGCUCAGAUGUGGGACCCAUCCUGGCAAAGCUUUAAUGAGGAAAGCCACAAUUGCUACAGCUACUCGCUGAUGUUCAUCAACCGUGUUCUGGCCACGCAGUCGAAGCCAGCGCUGAGUAAAGAGGAGUUCACACGCUCCUUUGUGCUUCCUCGGAUCAAAAGGGCUUCCAAGUACAUGAUGCUGUGCCGUGAGAUUUCCCAGAACCACUUCUACAUUGUGGACAGUCCGCGCAGAAACUCAGGCGAGGGUCCGAGUGAGGAGGACGAGGACAGCAAGAGCAACUGAGCCCCAACUACUGCGACUUUCCUGGAUCAUCACAGGCGCAAUAACACUGAUUUACGCUUAAUU